CUAUCGAAAGUACGCGAUGAAUGUGCUGUGGAUAUUCGUCAUUUCAGGUACCUGACGGAGCGUCUGAAAGUGUUAAUGAAUACGCUUCAGAUUACAAAUUCACACAAAUUCCGUAACGUUUCCUUGAUUGCACAAAUGUACAUGACUCUCUCCACUCAUUAUACAGACGAUCGGUAUGAAAAACCGGGAUUUGUGGUUGUUUGUGAGGCUCACGAUCCGACGAGACCUGCUGUGCCAGAUCCAGUGAUUCGUCUUGUUUGCGUAGAUGCCUCGUUGGCCCUACGUGAGGCUUUUUCAAAGUAUCGAAGCGUGGUGUUGACUUCGGGGACACUUUCUCCGUUAGACAUUUACCCGAAGAUUCUUGGCUUUACCCCUGUAAUUGCUAAAUCCUUUCAAAUGACCUUAAGUCGAAAGUGUAUAGCCCCGGUGGUAGUGACGCGUAGUACGGAGAGUGUCAACAUUACGAUGGAAGAAAUCACCAGUAGUUUUGUUGUUCGUACUAAUCCUCUUGCCCAAGAUAUCGUAUCCUCUGCCUAUGAAGAUCUCUUACGGGGUCUAGGCAAAACCGUGCCCGAUGGUAUUGUCUGCUUCUUUACAGGGUAUCAGUAUAUGGGGGAGGUGCUUCUUGGAUGGCACCGGUCUGGAUUUUUGAAGGAGUUGGCGCAGUAUAAACUUAUCUUUAUUGAAACCCAAUCGGUGGAGGAGACAUCCAUUGCAUUGGCAAACUAUAGGCGAGCAUGUGACAUUGGACGUGGGGCUAUUUUCAUGGCUAUUGCUCGAGGUAAAAUUGCCGAAGGAAUUGAUUUUGAUCGUCACUAUGGAAGAGCCGUCGUCAUGUUUGGGGUUCCUUUUUUGCCACCAAACGAUGAACCUUUGAGACAACGAAUUUGUUGGAUGGAAACAUGUCUUGGUAUUCCUGGAAAUGAGUAUCGGAACUUUGAUGCCAUGAGGCAGGCGUCGCAAUGUAUUGGCCGGGUGUUACGAAACAAAACGGACUAUGGAAUGAUGUUGCUCGUUGAUAGACGUUUUGCAUUGAACGACAAACGGAAAAAGCUACCCAUAUGGAUUCAGCAAUGUCUAAAGGAGAACACAAAUCUUAGUGUGGAUGCGGCGAUCGCCGUUGCGCGCGGAUUUUUUAAGGAAAUGGCGCAGCCCUGGGAACACAAAAAAGAUCUGGGAACUACUCUUUUUUCCAAGGAAACCCUCGCACUUAAAGGAUUUCUAAAACCCUCGAAAAGAUCCUUCCCUUGCAGAGUGACAGAGAAAUGCAGCAAUUCCGCAGAGGAAUUGGUCCACGGAGAGGGGGAUGCCAUACGUGCGGUAAAGGAGCCAGAGCAUAGGAAACGACUUCGGGGAUAA